AUGGAUUGCGAUGCUCUUUCGAACGUCUCAGGCCAUUUGACGAUUGACAGGAAUGAUACAUCGUUGCGUUCAAGCCAAUCAUUGUCUCUCCACGGAGGGACUUCAGGUAUAUCAAAGCGUGGAUUGUUGCUGAUCUAUAUUCACGGCUUCAUGGGCUCUGAGGCCAGCUUUUACAAUUUUCCUGCACAUGUUCACGAUUUGUUGACAGAUCUUCUGAGCGAAUCCCAUGUAAUAUACACACGUGUGUAUCCACGAUACAAGACCCAUGGCGAAUUGCAGGCCGCCGUCAAUGACUUCAGCAGCUGGCUCGCACCACAUGAGGUAGAUGACCUUGAUAUUAUCUUGGUUGGACAUAGUUUGGGCGGCAUUCUCUCCGCAGAAGUCGCGCUACUGCCGGAUUCUACUGGGAAGACCACUACUGGACUCAAACAUCGCAUUCUGGGGUUGGUUAAUUUCGACGUUCCAUUCUUGGGACUACACCCUCGAGUCAUUGCAACGGGGAUCAGUGGACUGUUUCACAAGAAAGAUGCCCCAUAUGGCACUGAAUUCAACGAAGAGGAUUAUCUGGGGCUGGACCCUGCAUACAUUGCCAGUCCAUACUUCGACCCUCCGUUCGAAAAUGACAAACAUCUCAUCAAACGCGAUCGAUUUGACAGCGUCAUGCACUUUUUGUGCAAAAAUGUUCAUCAUUUGUCUCGAGCAGUCUUCGACCGUCUACUUUCGUCUUAUAAGUUUGCUGGCCACCUCAAUAACUACUCCCAACUGCGCCAGCGAUACCGAAAGUUGAUGGAGUUGGAAGCUGCAGAGAGAGGCAACCGACUAGACAGAAUUCGGUUCAUCAAUUACUACACCACAAGCACCGGGUUCACAACUAAGAGAAAGAAGAAGAAAUCAACAAAACAGACACGGGCAGCCGUGUAUAGCUUGCAAUCUCCUCGUAUUGGUCUCACCCGCGCGGUUUCAGAGAAUGGAAGUCGUGAUCAAAAAGGAUCAUCCGUCGAAGAUUAUUCGUCUCUUUCGGCCUUCGGAAAAUUGAGAUCAGUAGGAUCUGAUUCAGCACUCGUGGGAGAUUGUGAUGAAGCCGACAAGAAGCAUCGAGCAGCGGGCUUCACUGACUCUGGUCUGACCAGGCCAACAGAGCUAGCAAAGAGUAACAGUCUGUCUGGAAUGAGUAUCAGUUCCAGUAUUAUGCCGACCGAAAUGACUAAAAAGAUUAAACCUAGCGUGGCAGGAGUACGGCGGAAAUUUCGCAAGUUUGUUCUAAUGCCAUCGCAUCAUUGGCGACACGGAGACAACUCUCUGUGGAUGCCAGUACAGAUGGAGAACAUGGAUGAGGUAGUGGCGCAUCAAUCUAUGUUCAUUCCCCAUGGGAAUAUCUAUGAUGAGUUGGUUGGUGAUACAGUGACCAGAAUCGAGAGUUGGGCUCAGGAUAACCUUAGCGAGCGAGCCUUAUGA